CUACUUGUCAUCCACCCGUGAUGUAGAACAUAGACUCCGUCACAUCACGUCACGUAGCAGGGUGUGAGCACGAUCGAGGCGAACAGGAGGGAUCUUUUGCGUUGCAACCACGACACAUUGGCUCGGCAGGGCUCUUCAUUUCGCGUUCCCACCCGUCGUGCAUCCGGGUAGAGCGGGUCGGCCACACGGCGGAAAGCUGCUGCUUUUGCAGAACCUUCUUCACCCCUUCGAGUCCAGUCGGUCAUCUCCGGCUGUGUGCGAUGCGAAGAGCGGCAACAUGGGCGAUCGUCGCUUGGGUGGUGCCGGAUCUAGGGACAAGUUGGUUGGUGGUUAAUUCGACUCCAGGGACCGAGGCCGCCAUUGGGUGCCGCCGGCAACGGCUCCAACAUCAACUACGCCAUCGGGCGGCGGCAGCACCAACGCAGCGGCGUCGAACCCGUCGUCGGCUGCCACAUGCCCCGUGGGCAGCGUCAGCGUUCACACCUUUCACGGCCUGCAGCAGCCACAGCGGCAACAGCAAGCGAACGCCGUCGUCGUACUCGCCGAUGCACGCCACGGCGAGCCCUCUGCCGUCACCCUCAGCAGCGGCGGGACCAGACAAAGUUAACGUUGAGGUGGCAGCGGCUACGCUGCUCAACUCGUCUUCCAGGAGGAAGCGCAACGGCACCGCCAGAACAACCCUGAAACGCGUAGAAGAGAUGAAAGGUGUUGCGAAAGGGUCUUGUUCUGCCGCUUCGAUCAUCGCUCCCUCUGCGUCCUCCACGGAUUCGGUGAACGGGGCGAAACCAAGCGAGCCUUGGCGCGCUCGUCUCACUUUGGCAUUGGUUGCCUGCCUGUACGGCACGAACUACACCGCCAUCAAGUUCAUGGGAGAUUUCAUGGAUACGUCGAGUCUGCUGACGCUUCGAUUUGGUCUUGCAUCACUGGCGCUGCUGCCGACGUUGCAAGGAGUCGGAAUGGAUGUUUUGCUAGCUGGGGCGGAGGUGGGGAUCUACGCGACGCUGGGAUACAUGGCUCAGGCCUACGCUAUGACGUCAUUGCCCGCCUCUCAGCUGGCGUUGGUGGGUUGCCUGGCGGUGCUGGUGGUGCCCUUUCUCGACCAGAUUUCGGGAAAGAGAAAGGCGGGAGGUGCGACUGUCAGCGCCGCCGUUCUUGCCUGUGGUGGCGCAGCUCUGCUGCAGUCGGGAGGGGCCCAGCCUGACGCGGUGGACGGAGCGGCAGACCUCUUGCCGCGCGUGCUGUCGCUCUUGCAGCCUUUCUUUUUCGGGUUUUCAACCUGGAGAAUGGAGGCGGUGGUGCAGCGACACCCCGGCCAGGCGCUUCCUCUCACCGCAAGUCAGGUGGCGGUGGUGGCCAUUACCUCGGCGCUGUGGAGCAUUGGUCAAGGUGGAUUUCCCGCGGGUCUACUGGAGGCGCUGAUGAACCCAGGGACGGAUCCGUGGGCGCUUGCGGUGAUGCUGUGGCUAGGGCUCGUCAACACGGCCCUCGUGCUCUUUUUGGAGACAGACGCGCUCGAAAGCGUGUCGGCAUCUGAGGCGACGGUGAUCUACUCGUUAGAGCCUUUGGUAGGGGCCGGCCUGGCGUCUUCUGCCUUAGGGGAACCGUUCCCCAGCCCGUUGGGCGCCUCGUUCGUGCUAGGGGGGUGCUUGUGCAGCUCGCUGCCCGACAGCAGUGGCGGCGAAGACAACGACGAGAGUCUGUAGAAAAACGAUGACAUUGGUACUGCAUGAAACGACUGGGCGAGAGCUGUCUGACUGAACUACUCGCCGCGUUUCUUGUUUUUUUGGCUGCUUGGCGACGCGCGAUCAAUUGUACAGCGGGAAGCUCGGCUCGUCAGCAAAGAGUAAAUUAGAGUAAAUAUUGCAGCAGACACAUGCCCUCGAUCGUGCACAACUGCUCGAGUGGUUGGAGGGUGUUUGUUUCCCCGUUUGUUACUCCUACAAGCGUUUGCACAAGAGUUUUUAUACCUAUAUCUUGUCUUGUAGGUAUGGCGGCCAUGAGGUUUUGGCGUCUUGGUCGUUGACCGAGUUUUGCUGUGAUAGAUUCGUGCGAUCCAAUAGUCUAGCAGUUGAACGCUAGUGUAUACAGUAGAUCAAGGUGAGCGAGGAGUGUAUGGUAUGCCUUGGUGUUUUCGGGACGAGAGCGCGGAUUGUCGCGUGGUGCGUGCGCCCCGGGCUCAAUAAAAGUGAGGGGCGGUUCCAGCGGACAGUCGGAGUGACGUGAUGUGAAAAGGUUGUGCCCGCAGCAGCGAGGAUUGGUGGUAUGUGGUGCGUGCGCCCAGAGAAAAAAGAGAGGAAUGCUUCCAGCGGACAGUGGCGCUGGCGUGAGGUGAAGGAAAAGUGAUGCUGAUAGCAGCAAAAGUUCGAUCUUGUUGAAGGUCCUUGUUGUGGAGGAACACAUUUUGUUAUGCCUUAUUUUUCUGUUCUGCGAUCACAAUUGUGGGUCCGGUGGUUGCUGCGCUUGAGGCCGCGUCAAAUCACGCAGUCUUGGUCUCGUUUGAAUUAUCGGAUGACAAAAGUGCGGUUGAUGUUGAUGGCACAAGAGGUAAAAUGACGGCGGGAGGGGCUUGUAAAACGUUGGCCGUUGUUGGGACUUGUUUCUUUUGUGUGCUGUAUUCUGCAUCCCAUUUCCAAACAGCAGGUGCUCCGAAGAACAUACUUCGAAGUAGUACUUUUCCUCAUGCUUCAAUUUUCUGUUACCCC